ACUGGUCGUCGUACCUAGUCAUUAUUUCAAUCAAUUAAAAUUUUUACAAUGCAAAUCGAAACUGCACAAAAGUUGGAAUUUUAUUUAAAUUCUCUGAAUCACAUUCUGAUCGGAGCGGUUUCAUUGUAUGUGACUUGGUAUUGUUAUCAUUUCGGAAUCAGUGCAUACACAAUGCACGUUUGGCUUAGUAUCUUAGCUUACCAAUUAUUUAUGGCGGAAGCAAUUCUAGCCCUAUACUCAACGAACUCUUGGUCAUUUUUCCAUGCACUUAAGACCAAGCGUAACAUACAUUGGAUCAUUCAAAUAUUUGCGACAUUAUUUGCAAUUGUUGGUACAAUAUGUGUAUAUUGGGGAAGGCCAACACAUUUCAUGACUGUUCAUUCGGUUACAGGUCUAAUUUCAUUGAUUCUUGUCGUAAUUGUUGCAAUUAAUGGAUUACCUGCUUUGUGGUCAUUUGAGUUCGGUAAAUGGAGCCGAAUUCAUCCCGUUUAUUUAAAACUAUUUCACAAUCUCAUUGGAAUAUUUGCUUUCAUUAUCGGUAUGGUCAGUUUGUACUAUGGAUAUCUGUACACCUAUUUCGUAGAAUCGGACGAGAAGGACAUUAGUCCAUGGCUAAUUGGAGUGUUAUUUGUGACGACGAUUUUCUCACUUUUCGGUGCAUUGAAAUCUCUUCGCACACAGUGUCAAACUGCACAUCGUUUGGGAUUCAGAUUGUUUAAUGAACAGAAUAGAGAUUAUCAAGCACAGUUAAAGAAUAAAGAAAGUUUUUCGUGAAAAUAAAAAUGAUUUGGUGGA